AUGGCCCCGAUGGAGUCACAUCACCACCGCAGCACCACCAAGAAGGAGAAAAAGGGCUUCAAGUCGCGCCAUGCCACCAAGGGCGCGCUCAAGGAGCAGAGCAAGGGCAAGGUCAACUCUCUCUCGUUCGAAUUCGGCAGCCGCAAGACGCCCCAUCAGCAGGUCAUGAACAAAUUCGACCGCCGCAAUCGCGCCAAGCAGAUGCGCAUCAACAAGGACCACGAGCAUGCAAAAGCCACCAACGUGUUUGCCGGCAAAGACGGGGCGCCUAGAAUCGCCGCUGUCGUUCCACUAUGCGCCGAUGUUUCUGCUGCGGCCGCUGUGCGCAGCCUGAACUUGAGCGUCGACGUGCAAGACGACGUUCCUGAUGCGGGCUGGACAAGGACCACCAUUGAUCGGUUCAAGCAGAAGGUGCAGUACCUGGUAGUCACGAGGAAUCUCUUGGCCGCCCUCGAUGCCUGUCGUAUCGCCGACUUUGUUGUCUUCGUGCUGUCGGCGCAUGAAGAGGUGGAUGCCGAGGGCGAGUUGAUACUCAAGUCUGUGGAGAGCCAGGGCAUCUCCAACACGGUUACUGUGGUGCAAGGUUUAGAAAAGAUUGAACCUGCGAAACAAAGACCAUGCGUUGUUGCUUCGCUCAAAUCGUACAUCACACACUGGCUACCCUCAACCGAACGUGUGUACUCUGUCGACAAUCGACAAGAAGCAGCCAACCUUGUUCGAUCGCUGUGCACGACAACCACCAAAGGUGUACGAUGGAGGGACCAGAGAAGCUACAUGUUCAUCGAAGAUAUUGUCUGGCCUGGGGGAAAGUCGGCUGUCAGCGAGGAUGCUGCUGGCAAUGUUGUCGUCACUGGAGUUGUCCGAGGACUAGGACUCAAGGCAGACCGAUUGGUCCAGAUUGGAGACUGGGGCGAAUUCCAAGUCGAUAAAAUCGUCGCCGCCCCGCUAGAAACACGAAAGAAGGCAAAGGAUGAAGAAAUGGCUAUUGAUUCCACCGAUGAUACCCUGGAGCGACCCACCGACGAUCAAGACGACCUGGCAGAGCUUGCGCCCGAAGAAACCCUUAUGGAUGAUGUGACAAACUACGCAACAUCCGUCGCUCCUUCUGAGCGAAAAGGUGUCUUACUUGACGACCAUCACUACUUCUCAGACGAGGAAGAAGAGAUUGCGCCUGUGCAGAAAAGGCGGUUACCGAGAGGUACCAGUAACUACCAGGCAGCCUGGUAUCUAGACGACAUGUCGGAUUCCGGCUCCGACCUUGAAGACUUUGAUAUGGAUGACGUCCAAGUCGACGGCCAGAGCCAGUCCGCUCACCCUGCAGAUGGCGUAGAGGGUAUGGACGUCGAUGGUAGAGCGAUGACAGAGGGUGCUCCUUCAGAAUAUCCGCAAUCCGAGAUGUUCCUAGACCCAUCGCCAGAAGACGAGGCCGCGCAAAUCGAGGAGUACCGCAAGUCCAGAAAGACUGAAGCCGAAGAGGAUCUGGAGUUUCCCGACGAGAUUGAGUUGCAUCCGAACGUCAAUGCGCGCGAGCGACUUAUCCGUUACCGAGGAUUGAAAAGCCUCAAGACUAGUGUAUGGGACACGGAAGAAGACCGACCAUACGAGCCUGACGAGUGGCAACGACUACUUGAGAUUUCGGACUAUAAGCGCACAGCUACCAAGUUCAUGCGCGAAGCGUGGGCUGGCGGUGUCAAGGCCGGCACUCGAGUCAGUGUUCACAUUCGUGGAGUUCCGCUACGGUUCCAAGAGAGCGCGUCACGUCCCAUGGCCAUGUUCUCGCUGCUCAGACACGAGCACAAGCGAACGGCGUGCAAUUACAGCAUUCUGCUCAGCUCUGAACAUGAGGGUCCAAUCAAAGCAAAGACAGAGAUGAUUGUACAAUGUGGCCCAAGGAGGCUCGUCAUCAAUCCUCUUUUCUCGAAUGCGGGCAAUACGCCGAACCAUGUCCACAAGUUUGCCCGUUUCCUCCACCCGGGCCAGUCAGCAAUCGCGUCUUUCAUUGGUCCUCUGACGUGGGGCAAUGCUCCGCUGCUUUACUUCACUCGUACAACACCUACCCCGGACCACCCAUCUCCUCUGCGCUUGAUUGCGACAGGCACAUCUCUCCCACCAUCAACGAACCGCAUCGUGGCGAAGCGCAUCAUUUUGACGGGCCACCCCUACAAGAUUAACAAGGGAGUCGUGACUGUCCGGUACAUGUUCUUCAACGAUGCAGACGUCAAAUGGUUCAAGAGUCUACCGCUCUGGACCAAGCGCGGAAGAAGUGGAUUUAUCAAGGAAAGCUUGGGUACACAUGGAUACUUCAAGGCUACGUUUGAUGGCAAGAUCAGUCCUAUGGACGCUGUGGCUGUCAGUCUUUACAAGAGAGUCUGGCCAAGGAGUGCGAGAACCUGGAAGGGUGAGUUGGAGCAGUAAAAUAUCAGGCUUCUUCCUCGAAAGAUGGAGAUGAGGCUGAAGGCAUGACGUUUAUGAUAUCACGGGCGUCUAUAUAGGAAAAAAUAUGUAUGGAGUUUUUGUUUGGUGCUUCAUUCUUUCCCAUGUAGGUUAAUGCAGUUUUUGUUUGAAC